AAUUAGACAGUUUUAGUGUAGGGUGACCAGUAAAACCAGAAAGCUUUAGAUUGAAUGUCCGUGUCUAUCGGGGAAAAAAAGAGCGAUAAAGAUACUAAAAAAAGACAUCCUUGUUUGAUUUUUAAGGCAUUUGCCAAGGAAGGAGCUCAGGUAAUUGCGACAGACGUCAAUGAAACAGCUGAAAGAACUGGAAGCUUACUAAGGCUCUUUCCCGGAGCUGGUCCCCGUGAUAUACGUAAUGAUGGUUCUGUGAUGAAGCGUCUAAUUGUGCGAGUGGAGACUCGGCCGCUCCUACUGGUCAGAGAGGAAACUGAGGCGGUAGGGGAAAAGCUGCGGCAGCGUUGGGGCUCGCCGGUUGUGUAAGGGAUGAUCUUCUUCCAGUCUGAGUGUCUUGCCGGCUGCUGAACUGAUAUCUAUGAUCGACGAGGAUGGAAGAAUCUGUAUUUAGUAUGGACAAAGCUGGACAAGGCAAAGAUAAUCCCAUGGAGAAUGCUGAUUAUAUCAAUAUGGUAACUGAGAAUGGGUUCAAAACAGAGCAAAAUAAGGAAAUCCCUUUAGUGGCCUUGGAAGUACCAGAUGGACUUGCCCCCAUAGAUGAUUGUGCACUGCUGAACAGUGAUGAACAACUGCCUAAAGUAUCCCAAACUCAGUCCAACACCUGCAUGAAGAUCAGACGAGUAUUUGCCUGUCCUCCACAAGGAUGUUUCUCGUUGGCAAUUACAAAUGCUAUCAUGGUGAUACUAGUUUGGGCAGUUGUCUGGUCUGUAACUGGCCCCGAAUGUCUGCCUGGAGGAAACCUUUUUGGAAUUUUAGCUAUUCUCUUCAGUGCUGUCCUUGGGGGCAAACUCAUUAGUCUCAUCAAGAUACCAAGCCUUCCUCCUCUGCCUGCUCUCCUUGGGAUGCUGCUAGCUGGUUUUCUUAUACGAAAUAUCCCUGUCAUCACUGACCAAGUCCAAAUUCAUCAUAAGUGGUCUGCAGCUUUGAGAAAUAUGGCGUUAGCCAUUAUCUUGGUACGAGCUGGCCUUGGACUGGACUCAAAGGCAUUAAGAAAACUGAAAGCCGUCUGUUUGCGUCUUUCCUUUGGUCCCUGUGCUGUAGAAACUUGCACAGCAGCUGUUGUCUCCCAUUUUAUAAUGGGUCUCCCCCUGAUUUGGGGAUUUAUGCUUGGUUUUGUCUUGGGAGCGGUAUCCCCUGCUGUUGUUGUCCCUUCUAUGUUAAUAUUACAAAAACAAGGAUUUGGGGUAGAUAAAGGUGUCCCAACCCUGCUCAUGGCAGCCGGAAGCUUUGAUGAUGUCCUAGCAAUCACUGGCUUCAAUACUUGUUUGGGCAUGGCUUUCUCCUCAGGCUCCACCAUUAACACCAUUGUGAGGGGUGUAUUGGAAGUGGUGGUUGGCAUAGCAGCUGGGCUUCUUUUUGGAUUUUUUCUUCAUUAUUUCCCAAGCAAGGACCAGGAAAAUCUAAAAAGCAAGAGAUCUUAUCUUGUUUUGGCGCUGUCAGUAUUUGCUGUCUUUGGCAGCUUGUAUUUUGGCUUCCCAGGGUCAGGAGGACUGUGCACACUUGUUAUGGCUUUUCUUGCUGGAAUUGGGUGGUCGACUGAUAAGACUGUGGUUGAAGACGUUAUAUCUGUCUUUUGGGAUAUCUUCCAGCCAUUGCUUUUUGGUUUGAUUGGAGCAGAAAUAUCUGUUGCAUCACUGAAACCUGCGACUGUUGGGUUGUGUAUCGCCACUCUGCUCAUUGCCUUGAUAAUCCGAAUAUGCAUCUCAUUCUUAAUGGUUUGCUUUGGUGGUUUUAACCUGAAGGAGAAGAUCUUUAUUUCUUUGGCAUGGAUGCCCAAAGCCACAGUACAGGCUGCUAUAGGUUCUGUUGCCCUGGAUACAGCAAGAACACAAGGAAAUACACAGUUUGAAGACUAUGGGAUGGAUGUGCUAACUGUUGCUUUCCUGGGAAUUCUGAUCACAGCACCAAUAGGAGCUCUUGUUAUAGGCCUAACUGGGCCAAAACUGCUCGAGAAAUCAAAAAAUGGGACUGUUACAGAAGAAGGUUCUCUAUAAAAACAUCUCCACUCAUGCUGGCCAUGGCACACCGACUAUUUUUUUUACCUGCUAUGGAGAUUUUUUUAACUACAAGUCUAAUCAGAAGCAAAAAUAUUUUCUGCACAAAAGUUGCAACAAUUCUAAUGUCUAGGGUAUUUAAUAACAAAGCUUUGCAGGAAGAAAACAGAACCAAAGAAUUGUGGGUGACAAUACAGAAGUGGAAAGUAUGUCACUUCUGCAUUAUUUUAUUCAAUCACAGUGAUGUCACACUUGUGCAGGAGGGUGGGCUUU